AUGCACACCGAACGGCGACGCCACGGUGGUCGGCGCGCCGGUGGACAGACGUCCGGACCGAGCAGCACGGCCACCACGCUCGUCCUGCACCAGCAUCAACCGUCGAUCCAUCCGACCGUCUGGGAGAUACUUUCGGCCGAGCUGAUCCUUUCGAACGAACCGGAGGGAACGCCGGAACUGCCGGCCGCCAACCGGGCGCUCUUCCUGGAGAAGGUGCGCCAGUCGAACACCGCGUGCCAGAACGGCGACUUCAGCACGGCCGUGCAGCUGUACACGGACGCGCUCGGGCUGGACCCGGGCAAUCACAUCCUCUACAGCAACCGGUCGGCGGCCCGGCUCAAGCAGGGCCAGUUCGCGCUCGCCCUGCAGGAUGCGACGCGCGCCCGCGAGCUCUGCCCCCAGUGGCCGAAGGCGUACUUCCGGCAGGGCGUCGCGCUGCAGUGUCUGGGGCGGUACGGGGAGGCGCUGGCGGCGUUCAGCGCCGGGCUGGCGCAGGACCCGAACAGCAAGCAGCUGCUGGCGGGCCUGGUGGAGGCCUCGAUCAAGAGCCCGCUGCGGCACGCGCUCGAGCCCACCUUCCAGCAGCUGAAGGCGAUGAAGCUCGACCAGUCGCCGUUCGUGGUGAUUUCCGUGGUGGGCCAGGAGCUGCUCGGUGCGGGCCAGUAUCACGCGGCCGUGACCGUGCUCGAGUCGGCGCUGCGUAUCGGGUCGUGCUCGCUGAAGCUGCGCGGGUCGGUGUUCUCCGCGCUCAGCUCCGCGCACUGGGCGCUCAACCAGCUCGAUAAGGCGAUCGCGUACAUGCAGCAGGACCUGGCGGUGGCCAAGAGCCUGGGCGAUACGGCGGGCGAGUGCCGGGCGCACGGCAACCUCGGCUCGGCCUACUUCAGCCAGGGCUCGUACAAGGAGGCGCUCACGUCGCACCGCUACCAGCUGGUGCUGGCGAUGAAGUGCAAGGACACGCAGGCGGCGGCCGCCGCCCUGACCUCGCUCGGCCACGUGUACACCGCGAUCGGCGACUACCCGAAUGCGCUCGCCUCGCACAAGCAGUGCGUGCAGCUGGUGAAGCAGAUGGGCGACCGGUUGCAGGAGGCGCGCGAGAUCGGCAACGUCGGGGCGGUGUACCUGGCGAUGGGCGAGUUCGACUCGGCGGUCGACUGCCACACGCAGCACCUGCGGCUGGCCCGGAAGCUCGGCAACCAGGUGGAGGAGGCGCGGGCGUACAGCAACCUCGGCUCGAGCUACCACUACAAGCGCAACUUCACGCAGGCCAUCACGUACCACGAGAGCGUGCUGCGGAUCGCGCAGCAGCUCGGCGACCGGGCGAUCGAGGCGCGGGCCUACGCCGGCCUGGGCCAUGCGGCCCGCUGCGGCCACGACUUCGUGCAGGCGAAGCGGUGGCACGAGAAGCAGCUCGAGAUGGCGCUGGCGGCGCGCGACAAGGUGGGCGAGGGCCGAGCCUGCUCCAACCUGGGCAUCGUGUACCAGCUGCUGGGCGAGCACGACGCGGCCCUGAAGCUGCACCAGGCGCACCUGACCAUCGCCCGCCAGCUGCAGGACAAGGCGGGGAUGGGCCGGGCGUACGGGAACAUUGGCAACGCGUACUCGGCCGCCGGCUACUACGAGUCCGCCAUCAAGUACCACAAGCAGGAGCUGAUCAUCAGCAAGGAGGUGCACGAUCGCAGCGCGGAAGCGUCCACCCACGGCAACCUGGCCGUGGCGUAUCAGGCGCUCGGUGCGCACGACAUGGCGCUCAUGCACUACCGGGCGCACCUGAACAUCGCGCGCGAGCUGAAGGACACGGCCGGGGAGGCCUGCGCGCUGCUGAACCUCGGCAACUGUCUGAGCUCGCGCCAGGAGUUCGCCCAGGCGGUCCCCUACUACGAGCAGUACCUGAUGCUCUCGCAGGAACUGGGCGACGUGGCGGCGGAAGGGAAGGCGUGUCACUUUCUCGGGUACGCGCACUACUGCAUCGGCAACUACCGGGAGGCGGUGCGCUACUACGACCAGGACCUGGCGCUCGCCAAGGAUCUGCAGAACAAGAUGAACAUGGGCCGGGCGUACUGCAACCUGGGGCUGGCCCAUCUGGCCCUCGGCAACACGGGCGGAGCGCUCGAGUGCCAGAAGUACUUCCUGGCGAUCGCACACAUGACCAAUCACCUGCCGGGUAAGUUCCGCGCGCUCGGCAACAUCGGUGACGUGCUGAUACGCAUGGGGGACGUAGACGAAGCGAUCAAAAUGUACCAGCGCCAGCUCGCCCUGGCGCGGCAGACGCGCGAGCGAGGCAUGGAGGCGGCGGCCUGUGGCGCCCUCGGGCUCGCCCAUCGCCUGCUGAAGAAGUUCGACAAGGCGCUCGGGUACCACACGCAGGAGCUGACCCUGCGCCAGGAGAUGUGCGACCUGCCGGGCGAGUGCCGAGCGCACGGGCACCUCGGGGCCGUCCAUAUGGCGCUCGGAAACUACACGCACGCCGUCAAGUGCUACCAGGAGCAGCUCGAGCGGGCCCAAGAGCUGCAGGACUCGGCGGUGGAAGCGCAAGCGUUCGGGAAUCUGGGCAUAGCGCGGCUCAACAUGGGCCACUACGAGGACGCGAUCGGGUACCUGGAGCAGCAGCUCGGCACGCUCGAGCAGGUGAGCACACCGACCGCGCAGCACGACCGGGCCCGCGCCCUCGGGCACCUCGGGGACUGCUACGACGCGCUCGGGGACUACCACGCCGAGGCGAUCAAGUGCCACGAACGCCACCUGCAGCUGGCGAUAGCGCUGCAGAGUCCGCGCGAUCAGGAGCGGGCCUACCGGGGCCUGGGGAACUGCUACAAAUCGGUCGGUAACCUGCAGGAAGCGCUCGUGUGUCUCGAAAAGCGGUUAGUGGUGGCCCACGAGCUGGGCAAUGCGGAAGCGAAGGCGGCCGCAUACGGUGACCUCGGUGGUAUCCACAGUGCGCUAGGGAACUACGAGCAGGCGAUCAACUGCCUCGAGCAUCAGCGUGACAUAGCCCGCGAGCUAGGUGAUCGAGUGCUCACGUCGGACGCGCUCAGUGGACUCGGUGCGGUGUGCCAGCAGAUGGGUGACUACGAAGAAUCGCUUCGGCUCCACAAACAGGACCUCGAACUGUGCGAAAGUAUUAGCCACGCGACACUGCAGGCGCGCGCCUGUGGUAACCUCGGUUCGGUGUAUGAUUCGCUCAAGAGCUACCCGGAGUCGGCGCGCCACUACGAGAAGCAGCUCGCUCUGACGGCCGAUCGGAUAACGAAGGCGCAUGCCUGUCUCGCGCUGGGCCGUGUCUACCACCAGAUGGAGCAGGUCCCGCAGGCGAUCGGGUUCCUGCGCCAAGGCCUUGCGAUCGCACAGUCGCUCAACAAGCUGGAGGACGAGGCACGGCUGCGACACCGGCUGGGGCUCUCGCUGGUCGCGUCCGGCGAUGACGACGGUGCCCGCCAGCAGAUGGAAAGUGCCGCCCAGAUUCUCGAGUCGAUCCGCAGCGACCAGGUAACGCCCGAAGCGCGCACCAACCUGUACGACCUGCAGACGGCCUGCUAUCAGACGCUGCAGCGCGUGCUGGUCGGACUGGGCCGGCACGAGGAGGCCCUGGUGGCCGCCGAGCGCUGCCGGUCGCGCAUGGGCGCCGACUCCAACCAGAGCGCCGAAAACUCGCUCAACAACCGCAAAACGCUGCUCACCUGCAGCGAGUACAUCUUCGAUACGGUCAACCGCAGCAAGACGAGCGUCGUCUACUACAGUCUGGCCGGGCGCGAGCUGUACGCCUGGUUCCUGCAGCCCCAGAAGCGCAUCGUGCGGUUCCACGCGACCACGCUCGACGAGCAGACGCUGCCGAUGGCGAAGAAAAAGCAGCUGCUGGCCGCCGCCAUCACCGACAGCAAGAAGGGACAGGUGGCGAUCGCCGCGGGGGCGGCAGCGACCGCGGGCGACGCUGGUAUCGCCGGGGAGAGCCUGCUGGAGCAGUACAUCAACUACGUGCGCGAUUGCCUGGGCGUGAACUCGGGCAGCGUACUGCAGGAGGGCGACGGCAGCGGGUGGAAGUCGUCGAACGAAAACCUCAUCGAUGACUUCGCCAACGAGCGGGCCGGCUUUCUGCGCAUGGUCAACCGGAACCAUCUGAUGAACUCGAGCAAUUACUCGCUCAGCUCGCUCUUCAGUCUCGGCAGUGUCGGUGGCUCCGUUGCCAGUCUGCAGGGUUCAACAAGGUCCAUCGGAAGCCUGCAGGGAUCGACACGAUCGAGACGGUCGAAUAUGCUACCGCCAUGGCAGGGCCCGUCCUGUCUGCACGUCCUCUACAACCUGUUGCUCGCACCGUUCGAGGAUCUGCUGCCGGACAUCAGCACAACCGCUCGAAUCGGACGCCGCGAGUUGAUCCUGGUGCUCGAGAAGGAACUGUACCUAGUACCGUUUGCCAUCCUGCGCAGUGGUGAUGAAGAUGGCGAGUACCUGUCCGAACGGUGCUCGCUGCUGACCGUGCCAUCGUUACACACGCUGCGGCAGAAAAGUCGCAUCAAAACACGUGAGCCAGCUGAGGGACUCAACAGUGCGCUGGUGAUCGGCGGACCGAAGAUACCGUCGUCCCUGUCGGAUACGUGGGGUUGGUCCGAGUCGCCGGCAUCUCUGCAGGAGGCGGCCAUGGUGUCGGACAUGCUCGGCACCAAACCGCUGGUCAGCUCGACUGCCACCAAGGAAGCGGUGGUGGCGGAGUUGUCGGCCGCCGAGUGCGUCCACUUUGCCGCCAACGUCAGCUGGAAGCUCGGUGCGGUGGUGCUCAGUCCGGGCGACGUGCUGGACUCGCAACCGUCCGGGAAGCGCUUCUACGCCGGUGCGUCCGGUGAGCUGCUCGGUCCGGACCACGAUGACGAGCCGUCCGAUCUGUCGGCGUCCAACAUGGAGAUUCCGCCCCUGUCCGACUUCAUUCUCAGUGCGGCCGACCUGCUGGCGAUGAAGCUGAGUGCAAAGUUGGUUGUGCUCAGCUCGUACCACUCGGUCGAACCGAUCACCGGUAGCGGGGUGGCCAACCUGGCCGGCAGCUGGCUGUUCGCGGGCACCGGUGCGGUGCUGGUGUCACUGUGGCCAGUGCCGGAAACGGCCGCCAAGAUCCUGCUUCGGGCGUUCUACUCGGCGCUGCUGCAGGGUACGCGUGCCGCCAAAGCACUGGCCGAGGCAAUGCAGACGGUGCAGCACACGAAACACUUCGCCCACCCGGCCAACUGGGCCGGCUUCAUCCUGAUCGGUGGCAAUGUGCGGCUCUCGAACAAGGUCGCCCUGAUCGGGCAGGCGCUGUGCGAGCUGAUGCGGACACCGGACAAGUGCCGUGACGCACUGCGCGUCUGCCUGCACCUGGUGGAGAAGAGCCUGCAGCGCAUCCAUCGGGGGCAGAAGAACGCCAUGUACACGACGCAGAAGAGCAUCGACAACAAGGCGGGCCCGGUGAGCGGCUGGAAGGAUCUGCUGAUGGCGGUCGGGUUCCGGUUCGAGCCGGCCGCCAACGGCAUCCCGUCGAGCGUGUUCUUCCCGCAGAGCGACCCGGAGGACCGGCUGUCGCAGUGCUCCGCCAGCCUGCAGGCACUGCUCGGCCUCUCGCCCACCACUCUGCACGCUCUGUCGAAGCUCGUGCACGGGGCGGAGAUUGCGGACGAGAUCAUCGGCGUCAUGCGCCACGUGGUGGCCCAGUUCCCGUCGAAGGUGACGGACGCGACGAUGAUCGGCGAGGGUGCGAUCGAUGUGCCGCUGAGUGUGCGGUUGUGGCGCGUCGCCGGCUGCCACGAGCUGCUGGCCUCGCUGGGCUUCGACCUGAUGGAGGUGGGCCAGGAUCAGGUAACUCUUCGCACCGGCAAACAGGCGAACCGGCGCAACUGCCAGUUUGUGCUGCAGGCCCUGCUGGCGCUGUUCGACACGCAGGAGGCACCCAAGAGCCUCGGCAUCGAGUCGAGCAGUAGCUCCGAGUCGCUGAACGAGGAGGAAUCGUCCGAAGAUCAGUCCUCCGUCCAACACCAGCAGCAACAGCAACAGCAGGCCCAAUCGCAGCAGGGUCCACAAAGCUCUCAGCAGCAACAGCAACAGCAGCAGCAGCAGCAGCAGCAAUCAUCGCAGCAGCAACAACAACAGCAGCAGCAACAGAUGAAGGGAGUUGCGGGCAGCGUGAGUCCCACGCCGACCAGCGCGGACUCGCAGCAGCGCAGCAUUUCGCCGGCGGUGACGGUCAAAUCACAAUCGAGCUACAACUUCUCUCGCCCUCCAUUGCCGCUGCGGCGUGUGCCCUUCCUGAGCACUCGCAGUGCGUUCAUCUCGUACGUGCGCCGUCGCGGUGAACCGGAUGGUGGACAGACGGAUAGUGCGCAGCCAGCAACGGGACAGCACCAACAACCACAACCCGAUACUAGCCUCGCAAACACAACCGACAGCGAGCUCUCCGAUGGCUACACGACGCAACAGAUCCUCAUGAAGAGUGACCACCUGGCGAAGGGUCUCGGAUACUCGAAUCUCCGCGGCACGAUCAAGGUUUCCCGUCCCGGUGGUGGUGGUGAGAGUGACGCUGCGUUCACCCCGAGUCCGCCGGUGACCCUCCAGAACGUCGACCAGAACGUCUCGCUGGCGUUGGCGCACCAAACGCGCAUCAAGAACCUCUACACGAACCACAACAACGUGAACCACCAUCCGUUGGCGGGUGGUGUGCUGAACGGUGUUGGUGGUGGUGGUGGUGGUGGUGGUGCUGCUGCAAGUGGUAUAUCGAUGGGCCCAGCUGGAGCCUAUGCACUACCCGAUGCCCUACAUCACCAUCCGGUGGCGGGCCACCAUAGGCGACCGGAUAGCUCCAGCUCCGCCAGCUCAGCGACCGAUUGGGAAGGUUCGGGGCAUGCGACGGUACUGCGGCGGGCCGCGAACCAAGGUGCCGGACACCAUCUACCACCGUUGCCCCCGCCUCGGCAGACACUGCCGAUGGUCGAGAGUCUGCGCCCGCUGGCACCGCUCGCUCCGGUAUACAACAACAUCAACGGUACGACCGGGGUUCCUUCCACCGGCAAGGGACCGGUGACGGCCAACGGAGUCCAGAAGUCCCUCUCGGUGCUCGAGUCGACCAGCUCUGACUCGGAGUUCGAGCGCUCAUUCGAUCUCCCGGGCAGUGGCUCGAAUGCCGCCUCGAUUAGCAGCAAGCUGACGUCGCUGGCGCACAGUCUGCAGAGUAUGCGGACUCGCCAUAAGCUAAAGCUGGGCCCACAACAGCAUCACGGCCAGCAUCACCAGCAGCAGCAGCAGUCGCAGCAACAUCAGCACCACGGUCAACAGCAUCAGCAGCAACAGCAUGGCGCACUCCACGGCCAACACGGACCGGUGACGUCGACAGCCGGCACAACGAUGAGCCGCUCGAAACUUCCGGUCGAUCAGUUCGGGUUCCUCGAUCGUUUGAGUUGUCGGACCGAGAUUUCCACCAACCAUGUGGCCGCCCCACGUAAGCCCCUCUCCACGCUUCCUGACGACGAGCGGACGCUCAAUCUGAACGCCAACAAGCUCUACUUCUCGCCGACCGACGCCGAGAUGAUUCCGCUGACGGAAGCGACGGCCUCCGAGUUGGGGCUCGUCGGUGGAGGCAAGGGUCACCACGGUGCGGUCAUGGUGCCACCGGGUGGUGGUCCCUCUAGCGGCACCGUGUCCGGCAAGGACGGCGCCAAGACGAACCAGAAGACCAUCCAGGACUCGAUCCUACGCCAUAUGAGCCGCGAAAUGACACCGACCAUCUCCGAGGUGUACCACGAGCGCAACAUUGGCCUCGGGUUGGCACCGUCCCUGUCGAAGCUGCUGCUGAGCAAGAACUACGACGAUGCGCCGCCCGAGCUCGCCGGUACGAAGGGACCCUCGGCAGCUGCAGCCGCUGCCGCCGCUGCAGCCGCCGCCGCCGCCGCCUCAGCGGCUGCCACGAUGCUGAACAAACCGAGCGCCGCACUGACCGUGGGCAACCUGGCCGAGGCGAUGAACGAGAUCGAGAUGAACGCAACCACCUCGAGCAAGCUGGCAGACGAGGGUGCCUGCGGUAUCUGCAACUCACCGUCGGAUCUGCUGUGCGGCUGUAGCGCCACCUCGACCGUCGCCGCCGUCGCCGCGAUGACGGCCGCCCUCGGUGCGAGCACGAUCACCAAAAAGUCCGGUUCGAACAAACCGUGGCUCAGCAACGUGUCGCCCAACAUCGUCAAGGCGUCCGAUCUGACCACGGCCGACAUUCUCGAGCAGCAGAAGCAGCUGAAGUCGUCCGUCAGCAGCGGGCUGACGAGCAACCUGUCCUCCUCGACCGAAAACUCCCUGUCCACCGUGGUCAAGCGCAGCGGUUCGCCCUUCUCCGACCUCUCGCGCCGCGACGAAGGCGACGGACGCAGCGUGGCCGACUCGCAGUGCUCCGGCAGCUUCCGCACCGACAUCACCGGAUCGACGGUGACCACCUCCAAGCAGGGUGGCGCACAGCAACCGCAACAGCAGCAGCAGCAGUCCGCUCAGCAGCAACAAACGCAGCAACAGCAGUGCAGCACGGUACCCGCCGGUGUCGACCCACAUCAACAGCAGCAGCAAAACAGCGUGCCAACGACGGUGACGACGUCGGUAACCCAGCAACGGAGCAAGUACAUUAUCGACACUUAA